AUGGAUAUGCUAAUGCUACAAAUACUCCAUGAAAAUGAAGACUUAUGGAGACCUGGUUACGAAGACAAGCCUGAUGAGGAACUGGCUCCAAUCCUUAUGAUGCAUAUCAACAAACUAUUUGAUAAUCAAGGUAAUGAUGAUAAACAAUGUUUAUUAGAUAUUUGUACCAAAGUAAAUGAUACUUUAAAAUCUGGUUGCUUCCAUUUACGUAAAUGGUUGUUUAAUUCGGAAUCAUCUACAACAGAUCAACAAAAAGAUUUAUCUUUAGGAGAAAAUUGUUUAACUAAAACUCUGGGUAUUGGUUGGUUAAAUUAUUUAGAUUUAUUAUAUUUUACGACAAAAAUUGAUCAAAACUUUACUCAUGUGACUAAGCGCGUUAUCUUGUCCGUUGUUUCACAGGUGUAUGACCCAUUAGGCUUGUUAUCACCCGCAAUUAUAAUUGUGAAAAUACUUUUACAGAAACUAUGGCUUUGUAAAUUAAGUUGGGACGAUCCAGUACCAAAUGAUAUUCUGUCUACGUGGAAAAACUUUAUUGCCACUCUUCAACACUUACAAGACAUAAAAAUUCCUCGUCAUGUCAGGGAAAUAAAUACAAAUUAUACAGAUUUACACAUUUUUUCGGAUGCAUCACAGGAUGCAUAUGGUGCAUGUGCCUUUAUAAGUACAUACAAUGACAACUCACCAGCUACAGUUAGGAUACUUUGUGCCAAGACCAAAGUCGCACCAAUUAAGCCAGUCACAAUACCGCGUCUUGAGCUGUGCGGAGCGUUAGUUGGUGCCAAGCUGUAUCAAAAAAUUGUUCAGUCAUGGAGAUUGAAAUUUAACCACAUAUAUUUUUGGUCUGACUCAAUGAUUGUCAUAAAUUGGAUUAAAAUGUCACCUAAUUUGUUAAAAACGUUCGUGCAGAACAGAGUCGUGCAAAUCAACGAACUGACUGGUGAGUUGCCGUGGUUACAUGUUGCUGGUAAAGACAACCCGGCUGACCUCUUAUCUCGCGGGCUCACGCUCGACGCGCUUCAAAGUACAGAUAUUUGGUGGCACGGGCCAGCAUUUUUAAAGGAUAUGCACAUGAAUUUUAAAUAUGACAACCAGAAUGAAAUUAUAAAUUUAAACGAUUUACCAGAAAUGAAAUCAAAGGUUUUAUUUACACAGUCGACUUAUACUAGUAUUUUUAUUUUCGAACGUUUUUCAAAUUUUAAUCGCAUGAGACGUGCAGCCGCUUACGUGUUACGAUUCAUUAAUAAUGCACGAAUUAAAAGUAAAACGGAACGUAGCAUUGGUCCGUUAACGGCUGAUGAAUUAAAUAAAUCAACGUUAGUUUUAGUACGCUUAGCACAACAUGCAUCAUUUGCAGACAUUUUGAAUCAAUUGAUAAAUAACUUACCUGUAAAGUCGAUGAGAAACAUAUCUAGUCUUGAUGUGUUCUUGGAUUCUGAUCGCAUUAUAAGAGUGGGAGGUAGAUUAGUAAAUUCACGCACCUUCCCAUACAGUAAAAAACACCCUAUAUUGUUAUGUUCAAAACAUACCUUCACGCGACUACUUUUUCAAUUUGAACACAAACGUCUACUCCAUGCUGGUCCACAGCUUCUCUUGGCUACUAUCAGAGAGAGUUGGUGGCCACUCAGGGGUCGUGAUUUAGCUAAGCAGACGGUACAUAAGUGCAUUAUAUGUACUCGCCAGAAAGGGAAGGCACUAUCAGUAAAAAUGGGUAACUUACCCUUUGAGAGAUUGGAACCGGGGUAUCCUUUCUUGCGCUGCGGUGUGGAUUAUGCGGGACCUAUGUUUAUAUUGAAUCGGAAGGGAAGGGGUUCAAAACUUGAAAAAUGUUAUGUGUGCCUAUUCAUAUGCUUUACCACUCGAGCGAUACAUCUAGAAUUGGUCACAAGUUUAACUUCUGAGGCGUAUUUACUUGCUUUAAAAAGGUUCCUAUGUCGUCGCGGAAAACCCGCUUAUAUAUUUUCCGAUAACGGAAAAACAUUCGUAGGCGCACUCAAGGAAUUUUCAGAUUUUUUAAAUCAUAGUGAAAAUGAUAUUUUAAAUUUUGCAGCAAAUGAAAAUAUUAAGUUUAGCUUUAUACCUCCGUACUCCCCACAUUUUGGAGGUUUGUGGGAGGCAGGGGUCAAAUCUUUUAAAUAUCAUCUCCGUCGCGUAGGAAACGUUAACCUCACGUAUGAGGAAUUUUCAACAUUAUUAGCACAAAUUGAAGCCCUCCUCAACUCCAGACCUAUGUAUCCCAUGUCUUCAGACCCAAACGACCUACUCCCUCUUACACCAGCCCAUUUUCUGAUUGGCCGGCCGCUCACUGCACCUGCCUGCGAAGACCUCACAGCUUCGAAUACAUCACGCCUGGUCCGCUACGAGCGCAUCGAACAAAUGAGGCAAAAUUUUUGGAAACGCUGGUCGCAGGAGUACGUUUCGGAACUGCAGACAAGGACCAAAUGGCAGUACAACACCGGCACAAUAGCACCCAAUACAUUAGUGCUCAUCAAAGAUGACAAUUUGCCACCCUUAAAAUGGCGUCUUGGACGAGUCAUAACCACUUUCCCUGGGAAGGAUGGACUAGCACGUGUAGCUGACAUCAAAACAGCUAACGGAGUAAUACGACGGUCAUACCCCAGAUUGUGUCCGCUACUACAGGAGGAAGAACCUUAACUUCUCCCAACUUCUACUUCUGCGUUGGAGGCUGUCACUCCAAGGCGGGCGGCAUGUCUACGCAUCGUCAUCAAUCGAACAUGUACCUGCGAUUCCUGCGAGCCCCACUAGAUGGCGUUACGAUUUUAGUUCCAAAUUCCUCCGCGCGCCGCGCCUCAUGCACUUGCAAAUUCGCUCGACACUUGCGCACACGAUAUAUAACAAAAUUUUGUUUUAUUGUAAACCAAUCGCUGAUUACACGCCUUAUUACUAUCGAA